AAGAAGUAUACCAAACGAAAGAAAGAAAGGCCAUUAUUGAAAGUCAAGGCCUCAUAGCCAAGGAAGGGCACAAGAUACUAAAGUGGGCACGCACGCAAGAGGUGCCGUAAAAAUAAAUUCUCCCGCCAUCAUCCAAAAAUAUACAUAAACACCACCAUAAUCAUCAUUUCUUUCUUGGAUCUCGAGUAUCUACCAUUUUUUUUUUCAUUCUCUCUAAGUUUCUAAGAAGAAAAAUAAGUAAAAAUCAGGCAAAUGGAGUUACCGGUGAUCGAUCUGGAACCGUAUUUGGAUGUAGUGUCUGGCAAAUAUUGCGGCGAUGAAGUCUUAAAUCCCCAACUGAAGACGGCUUGCUCGGAGGUUAGUCGAACCCUAAAAGAAACAGGAGCUUUGCUCGUCAAAGAUCCCCGAUGUUCUGCUCAAGAUAACGAUCGGUUUAUCGAUAUGAUGGAGAAGUAUUUCGAAAAGCCUGAUGAGUUUAAACGUCUCCAAGAGCGUCCUCACCUCCAUUAUCAGGUCGGUGUGACACCAGAAGGAAUAGAAAUUCCUCGUAGUUUGGUUGAUGGGGAAAUGCAAAACAAGCUGAGAUCAUUGCCUAAAGAGUCUCAGCCGUUGACCCCAUCAGGUCCAGAUCCUAAGUGGCGAUACAUGUGGAGAGUUGGUCCUCGACCAUCAACUACUCACUUUCAGGAACUGAACUCGGAGCCAGUUAUACCUGAAGGUUUCCUCGAAUGGAAAGAGACCAUGGAUUCUUGGGGUUCCAAAAUGAUAUCUGCUAUAGAGGCUGUUGCUGAAAUGGCAGCAAUUGGUUUUGGCCUACCAAAGGAUGCAUUCACUGCUCUAAUGAAGAAUGGUCCACAUCUUCUUGCUCCAACAGGGAGUAACCUUGAACGCCAUGGGAAAGAGGGUACUGUGUUUGCUGGAUAUCAUUAUGACCUUAAUUUUUUAACCAUUCAUGGCAGAAGUAGAUUCCCUGGUCUAAGUAUUUGGCUAAGGAAUGGGAAGAAAGUAGAAGUCAAGGUUCCAGUUGGUUGUCUACUUAUUCAGACAGGAAAGCAGAUAGAAUGGUUGACUGCUGGAGAUUGUAUAGCUGGUAUGCAUGAAGUUGUGGUAACUAACAGAACACUUGAGUCAAUUAAAGCUGCAUCACAAGAAAAUCGAAGCCUCUGGAGAGUAUCAUCAACAUUAUUUUCUCAUAUAGCAUCAGAUGCUGUGCUGAAGCCCCUGGGACAUUUUGCACAGUCACCCCUUGCCGACAAGUAUCCGCCCAUUUGUGCUGGAGAGUUUGUAGAACAAGAACUAUCUGUCAUUAAUCUUAAAGGAAACAGAGGAGAGCUUUAG